ACCACACUAUACAUAGUAACACAUUACAAAUCUUAACCAUCCUACAAAAACAAAUCAAAUUCAAUGGAACACCCUCCUCCUCCUCCUCCUCCUCCUCGCCGCCAUGUCGCGGUGUGCGCAUUCCCCUUCGGAACGCACGCCGCCCCACUCCUCCACCUCGUAAAACACCUAGCCACCGCCUCACCCGACACCCGCUUCUCCUUUCUCAACACCGCCACCUCCAAUUCCGCCUUGUUCACCAAAUCCGAUCCUUCUUCUAACAUUAUCCCCUGCAACCUCAAUGAGGAGGAAGGGGGAAGCCGAAACGGAAACCCAUUUGUGCGGUUUAUUGAGACGGCGGGAGUGAGUUUUCGACGGCGGAUGGAGGUGGCGGAGGAGGAAGCUGGUGGUGUGAAGAUUAGUUGUGUGAUUUCUGACGCUUUUUUAUGGUUUUGUGGUGAGAUUGUUGAUGAGGAGAAAGAGAAGGGUAAUAAUUUGUGUAGUUGGAUUGCUGUUUGGACUUCUAAUGUUGCAAGUAUUUCUGCUGCUUUUCAUACUGAUGUUCUUCGUACCAAAUAUGGCGUUGUCAAACAAGGAAUCGAAGGCCGAGAAGAUGAAGUAAUAGAUUGUGUACCUGGAUUUUCAAAUAUUCGAGUUAAAGACAUACUAGAUUGUGUCCCUGGAAUGCUCUCAGAAACUAUAAACUCAGCAUUUGAUCAAAUGACAUACAAAAUGGCAUUGAGUCUGCCUAAAGCUGAUGGUGUUGUAGUAAACUCUUUUGAAAAACUAUCACCCACAAUCACAAAUGACCUAAAAUCCAAAAUGAAAUUGCUCUGUAUUGGACCCUUUCCUUCAAUAUUCCCACCUCAAAUUGUUACAGACAAAUAUGAGUGUCUACCAUGGUUAGACAAACAGAAAGAGAAAUCUGUUGUGUAUAUUAGUUUUGGCACGGUCGCCACUCCACCACCACACGAGUUUCUAGCCCUCGUAGAAGCUCUCGAGGGUGGCGAGUUCCCCUUCUUAUGGUCGAUGAACGACUCGAAUAAGGGGCUUUUACCGUUAGGGUUCGUGGAUCGUGUUAGGGAAGAUGAGGCUUUUGGGAAGAUCGUGGAAUGGGCCCCACAAAUGAAGGUGUUAGGACAUCCUUCUGUAGGUGGGUUUGUAACGCAUUGUGGAUGGAACUCGAUAUUGGAGAGUAUGGUGAACGGAGUGCCUCUUAUAUGUAGGCCGAUGCUUGGGGACCAGAAGGUGAAUCAAAGGUUUAUUGAGAGCGUGUUUGGAGUUGGGGUUGGAUUAGAAGGCGGAGUUUUUACAAAGAGUGGAGCGAUCAAGGCGUUGCAUCGAGUUUUGUCGAGCGAUCAAGGGAAGGAGAUGAGGAGGAAUGUACAAGUGUUGAGAGGGUUGGCUGAAGAGAGUACUAAACAAGGUGGUAGCUCAAUUGAGAACCUUAAUGCUUUGAUAAAACUAGUUCAAAGUGCUUAAUAAAACUAGUUGUAUGUUCUUCAAGAUUUGAUUUUGUUUUCGUGCUUUUUUGUGUGUAAAAAUGUUCUAACUUAAUUGACCAACAACAACGUAACGGUCUUGUGGUUGUGCAA